UCUUUCUGUCUUUGCAAAGUGAUGGACUGACACACCAAUAUUGCAAAGUUGUAUUUCAGAGAUUAUCAUCUCUGAAUGAUUGUUGACGUUUUUUUAAAUACACCCAAAGUAUUCAAAAGGAAAGGUAUAAAUAGUAAUCAAGUUCAAAACCUUUUCAAAGUAUCCACAUUUUUCAAGUACUAAGUGAAUAAUCACUGCAAAUAGAACAUCUCGGUCUGGGUCCCACCUUGCAGUGUUACACCAUAAGCUUGCCUCCCAUUCCCAGCACUGGUGAUAAAGUGGCCCACUGUGUGGGAUGAGCUAACAGAGUGGGCUAAGUGUGAAGUGUACCCCCCCCAGUUGCUCAAGUGUUUGUCUGUAGCCAGAGAGCUAGCAGGAAGUGCAGCUCGGGUGCAUCACUUCUCGUCUCAUCAAUGCUGCUUUCAUUCUCCCUCGGUGGGGCAAGAUGGAAGCUGUACAAAAGGACCACCGGUACUUCGUGGUACUCAUCUUUCUUCCUUUUCUUAAAGUCGCUGUCCAGCAGAAAGAUGCCGUCACAGUCCAUCUGGAGGAAGGCAUGGUUCUGGACUGUUUGUGCCCCUGGAACGGCAACCUCAGCAUGGUGUCCUGGAAUAAAGUGCCAGACAAGGAACCUGUAGCUGUUUUCCAUCCGGAGUAUGGCGUAGCUUUCUCUCAGCAUUAUCGGGAAAGGAUAGAGUUCCUGAGGACAACGCCGAUGGAUGGAAGUAUAUCCAUGAGGAACGUCACUCACCAGGAUAUCGGGCUUUAUCACUGUUCUGUUCAGACCUUCCCCCAAGGCCCCUGGACGAGGAACAUUCAGGUGGAGGAUUUAGAUACACCCCCAGAAGAAGACGAUAGCCCAGAGCCGCCCACCCCAGAAGAUGUAAGAGUGGACACGGAGCUGGUAGCAGAGCGGAACAACAACCUGACCAUCAAAUGUAACCACGUGCACAACGGCACUGUCUACCAGGUCAUAUUGGAGAAGAUGCCGCACAGCGAGCCUUGGAGCAUUAUCGGAGUGUGUAAGAAGGUGGAGGGGGGCCUGGUGGGAGAAGACUACAGCGACAGGGGGGAGGUGAGCUGUGCAGACAGCCUGGACGUCAGUCUGCAUCUGACAGGCGUUGUGCCGGAAGACAGCGGCUUCUACCGCUGUACCUUUAGCACGGACACAGGAGUGCAGACCACCACUGUGCUGCUCACUGUGGCCCCUCCAGGUGGAUUCAGCCUGUCUAUGUACAUGAUGUAUAUUUACAUCGGGGCUGGAGCUGCAGGGCUAAUUCUUCUCAUGGUCAUUAUUAUACUCGCAGUGAGGCACAGGAAGAGGAACAGGAGAGAAGAGUACAAAGUCAAACUGCACCCAUCUCAGAGUCAGAACAACCUCUAUGAGAACAUCUCCGUGUGCAGUAGGGCAAAGAAGCCCAGGCAGAUCAGAAAUGCUCCAGUGUACGCCAACAUGCAGACAAUACAAUCAUACAAAACCACUGCAGAAAUGGAGGCAGUGGCAGAGGCAGUAAUGGAUAUGCAGGCUAUCCUGCUAGGAAACAAGACAAAUGUGGACAAGUUAGAAAUAUGGAACUCAAAGAGACAAUAUAGUUUGGAAUCGAACUUUGCCUUCAUUCUCUCAUCUUGCUGUUCCUGGAAAACAGAACAAGCUGCAAGUUUACUUUUGACUUUGAAACCUGUGAUACUGUGUGGGUGACCAGCAAUAGUGAAACUGAUAUGUGUGACUGUAAAUGACUCCAAAUGAAAAUAAAAAUGUGUCAUGACUGCUAA